AUGAAAGGUCCGCCCGGACCACAAGGAGUGACAGGAUUUACAGGAUCUGUGGGACAACCGGGUCCUCCUGGACCUAAAGGAGAACCCGGGUUGAGUGGGCCCGAGGGUACCAGAGGACAGACGGGUCCAGUGGGUCCUAUUGGCUUCAAAGGAGAACCUGGACUUCCAGGCGUUCCGGGAUUUCCCGGUGAAAAAGGCGAGCGCGGAUUUACAGGAGCCCAAGGAAUACAAGGAGAGCCCGGGGUUGGUGGUGAAGCUGGAGAUGAUGGCGAAUCCGGAGCUCCCGGUCUUAAUGGGGAAAUAGGUCCCCGAGGUUUUCCUGGUCCCCGAGGAUUCCCUGGACUUAUCGGUCCAAUUGGUGUUUCGGGUUCUGAUGGUAUUCCAGGCCUUAAAGGAGAAAUAGGAGCUCCUGGACAGCCGGGUCCUCCCGGUCCCAGUGGUUUCAAAGGGCAUCAAGGAAUGCUUGGUCCGGUAGGUCUUGUGGGACCACCCGGUUCUUCUGGUCCUCGAGGUAAGCCGGGUCUACCAGGACUGCCCGGUUCUGACGGUUUACCGGAAGCAAAGGAGAUAUGGGUGCAACGGGUCCACCUGGGUCCAUUGGAGCUAUUGGUUCCCAAGGACAGAAAUGAAAAAGGAGAUAAAGGAGAGACGGGACAGUUUGGAGUGAGAGGUGAUCAGGGAAUUAAAGGCGAACAGGGGUUGACGGGACCGAUGGGUACUCCGGGUCACGAUGGCCUCGAUGGUGAAAAGGGAUUCCAAGGUGUCAAAGGAGAUACCGGACCUCCAGGCAGGCAAGGUGAGAAAGGUAAACUUGGAGUGCCUGGCUUUCCUGGAUAUCCAGGAACAAUUGGUCCAAAAGGAGAAAAAGGGUAUACCGGAGGUAUGGGAGCCAAAGGGGACAAAGGAGAGCGGCAAUCAAUGAAAGGUCCGCCCGGACCGCAAGGAGUGACAGGAUUUACAGGAUCUGUGGGACAACCGGGUCCUCCUGGACCUAAAGGAGAACCGGGGUUGAGUGGGCCCGAGGGUACCAGAGGGAAAGAGUGGAACUCCAGACGGGUCCAGUGGGUCCUAUUGGCUUCAAAGGAGAACCUGGACUUCCAGGCGUUCCGGGAUUUCCCGGUGAAAAAGGCGAGCGCGGAUUUACAGGAGCCCAAGGAAUACAAGGAGAGCCCGGGGUUGGCGGUGAAGCUGGAGAUGAUGGCGAAUCCGGAGCUCCCGGUCUUAAUGGGGAAAUAG